AGUAUACGGAGUCAGCCGUGUGUCGCAAUCAGUUCACUAAAAUAAGCUAUCUUGUUCACACACGAAGUGAAACGAUAGCUGUUUAACCGUGAUCGACCCAAGACCAGUGGCUACAUAAAUACACAAGAUAUUUAGGAUUCUAUGUUUAAGCAAGAUGGAGUAUAAUCCAAGGUCUCAUUUUGAUUUGUCUCUGAAUGUCAAUUCAGCUAAAGACAGACAAGAGGUAGAGACAAGAAUAACCAUUUUGAAAGGUUAUAUCAACGGAGACAUUGUAUCACUUAAAUUAGCUAAUAAACAUCUACUGGGUUUGCUGUAUUAUUAUAUCGGGCAACUUGACGAAUCCUAUGAAACAUUUAAAUCUAUUUUAAUUGAGGAUCCAAACAAUUUGAACGCCUUGUCAAAUCUGGCUUAUGUGUGUCGUGGAAUUUUAAGUAAAAGAGAAGCUGUAAAGUAUGAGAGUAAACGAAACCAAGUUGUUACCAAUGAGUUAAUAUUAGCGCGCUUCAAAGCAGAACAUGCGUAUGCGCACGCUUUUGAAAUCUACCGUAGUGUGCAUGAAUUACGAAGAUAUCACGAGUCCAAUGAAAUGUAUGAUGAAUGUCUGGACAAGACUUCUGGAAAGUCAGAAAUACAAAUUGAGAGAGCGGGAUGGAUGAUGUGUAAAGUUUGGAACUUAAAAAAACUAUUCAAUAGGAACUAUUUAAAAGAGCAAGCCCAGUUCAAAAAUUUGGAAAUGUAUAAUAACAUCAUUGACUUAUUGCUUCAGAUUCUGCGAAAUGUUCCAGAAGAUUCGACUCUGGGCGCUUUAGCAUGGGCAAAUUUUGGUUAUUUUUUCUGGAAGAAGCCAAGCAUGCCAUCUCAUAAAACGGGGUGCGAUGAUAUGACCGGUAUUGAAAAACCAAGCACGAUUAAAGGCACGGAAAUUGAAAAAUUCUAUGAUGACCCAAAUAGCUGCUUUGUAAAGGCGUUGGAGAUAAGCGAAAACAAGGAGGUGCUGGAAUUGUAUGGAAGUUGGCUUUUGCACAAGGCACACUUCGAUGCAGCUGUGGAUAAAUUUUCGCGGUCCAUCAAACUGGAUUGUUCUGACAGUAACUAUUUUUCUUACUCUAAACGUGCAGAAUGUCUCUUAACAAAAUGUCAAAAGGAGGAUACAGCUCUUGAUGAACUCAUUAACGCUGUUGAAAGCUCGGCCGAUAUAACCCAGGAUUUGGAACUUGCUGUAAAAGAUUUUGUGCUUGUUGUUCGGGUAAACCCUUCUGCUUACAGCUAUCGCCAACUAGGACGCUGUUUUCUUUUGCUCUCCAAAGGUGGAAAAGACGAAAGAAUACGGGUAAAGGCCCUUGCAGCAUACCAGAAAGGCUUGACAUGUUUGGAUGGUAGAAAAGACUCGUAUCUUCAUUUAGAACAUGCUGAAUGCUUAAAGGCACUAGAAGAGGAUACACAGGCCAUGGCUAGUAUGCAGAGAUCUGUGGAAAACCAAAACCCACAAUCUACCUUUGUUCGGGAUAUACAAACCUUAAUAACAUGGUACAUAGAGUUGUGGGAAGAUGGGGACACAGAUAUUAUCCCCGAAGCAGCUUUCUGGUUCAAAAUGGCUUUCUCAAAAUACAACAGGAAAACAUUUAAGACAAUGACCGUGACAAUGACCGUGGCAGAUAUCGACUUCUUCUCAAAACUAUUUGGGUAUUUAUGGAAAGAGAGUAGUACACAGUUUGAAGAAUUUGUUUUAGAUGUUUUGAACGCCAUUGAAGAUUCCCCAUCCAUUUCUGUCCUUCGCCAGUUUUUAUCUUCUUGUCGGUGUGCAGGAGCUGAAACUUCUGCCAAGGAAAUCAAAGCACCCGGUGCCAUGCAACCGAGGAAUAAGAAGGGUUUCGAGUAUGAUUUUUUUAUAGUACAUAGUAGCCUAGACGCAAGUUGUGUUAAAUAUAGCCUUUUGCAUCAUUUGGAAAUCAUUCGAAAUUUUAAGGGUUUAAUUGAUAUCAGGGAUUUUGAACCCGGAAAGACUAUUUUUCAAAAUAUCGAUGAAGCUAUACGUCGUAGUUACAAGGUUAUUUUGUAUAUUACUGAUAAUUUUACAAAGAGCCACUGGUGCAAUCAUGAAUCCCAAGCAGCUCUAACACACGCACUAGCUAAUCACAAGAGCAAUCGUAUUAUACCAAUUCGGGAAGGUAAAACACAAGUUCCUGACUUCCUAUUGAAUUUAACGAAUCUCAAUAUAGAAGAAGGUGUCCUAGGUGGAACUGAUUUGGAGAGACUAGUUCAAGCCCUUGACAACUGAGCACAAUUCCUAAUAACACAACUUUAUAGCGUAUUAUGGUCAACGUUUCAAUACUAUGGCGGCUGAUUGGUAUCAUGUCGUGAUGUCAUAAGGCGACAACCCGACAUCACGACAUUAUAACCCGACACCACGACAACCCGACAUCACGACAUCAUGACAAUUUUAACCCGACACUACGACAUUUUCACCCGACACCACGGCAUUAAGAAUGUCGUAAUGCCGCGUAAAAAUGUCGUAUUGUCGCAUAAAAAUGUCGGGUUGUCGUGGUGUCGUGAUGUCGGGGUGUCGACUUUAUUUAUCAAUGUGGGGGUUGGAUGGCUGAAUGGUUAGCGUGCGCGCGCUGUAUCAUACAGUCAGUCAUUGAGUCGACUGGCGUGGUUUCGAAUCCCCGGUUGUACGUGGCAAGGAGUAGGGUCGCGUGUCCAACCUCGUGGGUUUUCUCCGGGUCCUCCGGUUUCCUCCCACUACUAAAGACCCCUAAGCGAAUUAUGUAAAUAAAAUUAAACCAUAUGUUAGUCCCGAAAUGACCUAGUUUGUGUCGAGUGGACGUUAAACAGCAUUUCGUAAUGUCGUGGUGUCUGGUGAAAAUGUCGUAGUGUCGGGUUAAAAAUGUCGUGAUGUCGGGUUGUCGUGGUGUCGGGUUAUAAUGUCGACAUCAAGACAUGAUACCAAUCAGCCACCAUACAAUAUCCUUAAAUGUAUCUUUAUCAAACAAUGGUCAAAAGUGAAUUCAACCAGUAGUGCAUACAAUGCAGUUAAACAAAUCAUUCAAUCAAUUCAAAAAAAAUUGCACAUCUUCCGUGUCUUUCCUUCUUAUUUACUUAUUAACAUCCUUUUGUUUGAACGAUUUUCAUCAGGGUUUAACGUCCUACUUUUCUGCACCAAUCGGAAUAAUGAAGAUGGUAGAUAAAUGUCUUUUGUAAUUGUAUUAUAAAUGUAUGUUGUGUAUUUAUAUUUUCGAUGUAAACAUACGGUAAGUGUAAAAAAAAACUUUCUGUGUGAUGAAAGCAUAAAAUAUUGUUAUUGCAGUAAUAUUUAUAUAAUUGUUACUGUAACAUAAUCGAGACGCAACGAAGGCGAGACGUAACGCGGCGCUAAUGUGAUUUUGACAUUUACUAUGUGUUAUCUUCGUGAUCUCGGGAUAUUAAUUGAGAUUUGCAAUAUUAAAGUGUAUCUCUUAAACGAGAUCUACAAUCAGACUCCUCAUAUGGUGGAGGGCUGAAGGGGGGGGGGGCACUUCUUGGGAGCGGCAAAUUAUCUAAGUGCAUACCAAAAAUAUGGACUAUUUAUGAACAGGCUGAGAUAGCGAAUCGCCGGCCUUCGUUUUCCCUAAAUCUGUGUAAACCAGUUCAUAUUUCAGCAGAAGAGAGGGUAGAAAGUAGAAUUAUGAUUUUUUCAAGAUAUAGGGUUUUCGAUCAAAUGUAGAGUUGAAGGGGAAAUAAGCAUAAUUUUUUUAUGUAAGUUGAUUUAAUAAAUAGUUAUUUAUAUUAAGUGUUAAAACAAAUAAAAUCUUCACA